GUGUGGUGAACCACUGUUGUGUGUUAUGUUACCUGUCGUUCCGGACUGUCCGUCUUCUACUUUGUUUAUUAGUCUCGACGUCAGGUAGACGUUUGUAAGUAAUAUACACCUAGGAGGUUUAGAAGCGUUCUAAAGAUCCUGAUUUUAUAAUAGGUGGCGCUAGUUUCCCUUUCGCGAGAGUAUAAAAGGCGGCGGUCGAAACUAGAUAUUGUUCACUUCUUCGUCUGACACGAACGAGAUAAGGCCGGACAAAAAGACAUCCCCAUAAUGGUUAAGACUAAGACAACUCCCGUCAAACAGUGCCCUAUGUGUUCCUUCCGUGCCAACAACAUGGAUGACAUGAGGAAGCAUAUCCUGGAGUGUGGCCUAGAGACGAUGGAAAGGAAGACUCUCACGUGCCCUGAUUGCAGCUACAAAACUUUCCGUGCUGCUAAUAUGAAUCGGCACCGUAAACGUCAUACUGACAACGACAGGAGUGCUCCCAAGGCUGUGGAACAGAGUUUGGAGGAAGACCGGCCUUCAACGUCAUCCCAAGCUCCCGCUGUACAAACUGAUGUAGAGAGCUGGAAGGCGCAAGAUCCUGGUGACCUCCUGGGGGAGAUAUCGGAAUCUUCUGAGGGUAAUGGCUUGUCUUCUGAAGACGAGGGAGACAGUCUUCUGGUCGGGCGUACUAUCAGAAGACCAACGCGACCAGAACCAGUUCGAGCCCCAAAGAGGAAGUCAGAAACUGCAACUUCAGUCAAGCCCCAUCCGAAGGAUCCUAUCAACAUGGUUCCAAUGCCAGUGGUAAGCACUGCCCCUAGUGCAAAGAAAACAUGCACCUAUGUUAAUGUUGCCACUCAGACAGAGCAAGAGCCGCCUGCUAGCCGAAGGACUGUAACGAAGACUACCCGGUAUUCAGAGGGAGGACGGGACAUCCAGAUAGUCGAGUUUUUCGAGUUCUUUGAGCAGGAGAACCUCAAUCGCUUUUCCUAAAUCGAUUUUCAUGUAACUUCCUGAUUAAACCCUUGAGUGUUAGUUAUUGUUUUAGCUUUACUUGUGUUAGAACGUGGGGACACGUGUUGCUCGGAGGCGUGGGUAGUGUGGUGAACCACUGUUGUGUGUUAUGUUACCUGUCGUUCCGGACUGUCCGUCUUCUACUUUGUUUAUUAGUCUCGACGUCAGGUAGACGUUUGUAAGUAAUAUACACCUAGGAGGUUUAGAAGCGUUCUAAAGAUCCUGAUUUUAUAAUAGGUGGCGCUAGUUUCCCUUUCGCGAGAGUAUAAAAGGCGGCGGUCGAAACUAGAUAUUGUUCACUUCUUCGUCUGACACGAACGAGAUAAGGCCGGACAAAAAG